CAUUAAGUGCUGCAAGUUGGCUGAAACCUUCCCUUCGAUUCCAGCGUACAGAGAAAAGAAAUCCGCAGAGCUACACCAGUCGUAGCUCUGGGACAACAAUAAACCACGAUGAGCUUCGCAGCUGCUGCAUUCAGACUCCCGCAACCGCAACAACCCCUUCAUUCAUCUCUCUCUCACUAACCACCAACUCUUUUUAAUCUGUUUGUGCUGUAUUCAUUAUGAUCAUACACAACUACUUCAUGGCUGCGUCUGAAACCACAUUGUUUAAUCGAUCCGCUCUCAUCACCGCUUCAAAUCCUUCCUUCAUCUUCCGUCGCCGUUCCUUGUUGAGAUUAUCCCCUAAAUUGGCCGCAAAGAAGCUUGCCUGCUGCUCCUGUUGUCCACCGCCCUACAACUCCCCAAUCCUUUUGUUCAAUUGUAAUAAAAGAAGUCCUCUUUCUUUGCUUUCUGUUAAAACUAGUUGUCGUGUGAAUGAUGAUAUUAAUAGCCCAGCAGCGAGGGCAAUUGAUUUUGGUGAGGUUUUGGCGAGGAGAGGCUUGGCCAUUGCGGCUGCGGUUGCGAUUGGUGCGGUUGUAAUAUUAACUUGUCGGAGAGCAUUAGCGGCCGAGGGUGUUGUGGCUGCGGGAUAUGGAGUUUGGGAACGUAAUUUGUCGGCGAUGAGGAGUUCAUGGCCCAAGGUUUUGCAGGUUUUGACGGUUUUCAAGGAGCAGGGAUUGAUUCUUGCGGCUCUGCUGGGCCUCUCUGCAUUUUUCUCCAUGGCUGAGACCUCCAUUACUACUCUUUGGCCUUGGAAGGUACGGGAAUUGGCUGAGAAAGAAUCAGAGAAUGGUGUGUUCAAAAUGCUAAGGAAUGAUGUUACUCGGUUCCUGACGACAAUCCUCAUUGGCACCACAGUGGUCAAUAUUGGUGCUACAGCAUUAGUUACUGAGGCUGCAACUGCAAUAUUUGGUGAAGCUGGUGUCAGUGCAGCUACUGGGGUGAUGACGGUUGCUAUUCUGCUCCUGACAGAAAUUACUCCAAAAAGCAUUGCUGUUCACAAUGCCACUGAGGUUGCUAGGUUUGUGGUCAGGCCAGUGGCAUGGCUUUCCCUCGUAUUGUAUCCUGUGGGGAGAGUUGUGACUUAUCUGUCAAUGGGAAUGCUAAAAUUGCUAGGCUUAAAAGGAAAAAGUGAACCAUAUGUAACUGAAGAUGAACUAAAACUGAUGUUACGCGGAGCAGAGUUAAGUGGCGCAAUUGAGGAGGAAGAACAGGAUAUGAUUGAAAAUGUGUUGGAAAUAAAAGAUACCCAUGUGAGGGAGGUGAUGACUCCUCUGGUUGAUGUUGUUGCCAUAGAUGACGGUGCGACACUUGUAGAUUUCCACAAUCAAUGGGUAGAUCAUCAGUAUUCUAGGGUGCCUGUCUUUGAGGAGCGAAUUGACAACAUUGUUGGCAUGGCAUAUGCAAUGGAUCUCCUGGAUUACGUGCAGAAGGGGGAGCUGCUAGAAACUUCUAAAGUCGGAGAUAUGGCCCACAAACCUGCAUACUUUGUUCCUGAUUCAAUGUCUGUUUGGAAUCUUCUUAGAGAGUUUCGCAUCAGGAAAGUUCACAUGGCUGUUGUUCUAAAUGAAUAUGGUGGAACUGUUGGUAUAGUGACCCUUGAAGAUGUAGUUGAAGAAAUUGUUGGUGAGAUUUUUGAUGAAAAUGACUCAAAGGAGGAAAUCCAGAAAAAGACUGGUUAUGUUGUCAUGCGUGCUGAAGGCAUAUAUGAUGUGGAUGCCAAUACAUCAAUAGAUCAGCUUUCUGAAGAUCUUAACAUUAAAAUGCCAGAGGGUCAUCAAUAUGAAACAGUUUCAGGUUUUGUCUGCGAGGCAUUCGGAUAUAUCCCAAGAACAGGUGAGACAAUAAAAGUAGUCCUUGAAAGAGAAAAUCAGGAGGACCAUGUUGAUUAUGAUGAGCCCGAAUCUGACCGCCAAGAAGAAAAUGAGAAAACUCAAAUAUUUAAGCUUGAGAUACUAGCAGGAAAUGCCAGAAAAGUAAGUGCUGUUCGUUUUGAAAGAAUAAACAAUGAAGAGGCAUCCGUAGAGAACAGAGGGGUAACUCGUUUUAUAUCGAAACUUUGGAGGAGAAGAUCUAUGAGCGAUGAUGAAUCAGAUAGGACAGAUGAUCAUGAGGUCCCAGUUGAUGAUAUGUCAAAUGAUUGUGUAAUGUCUGUACAGGAAGACAAUGCUGAUCAAGUAAGUAAAAAGUAAGCGUCUUGAUGGAAAAGGGAAAUAGGAAAUAAGUGGCCAUUAGAUGCAGCCUCAUUCUUUUCACCUACAGGAACAAGUGGAGACUAAGUUUGAAUUAUUCUUAGUGCCGUUCUUGUGUAUGGUUGAAUAUGAAUCCUCACAUUUGGAUUCCGGAAGAAUGAAGGGUAACUUAUCGGACCUAUAACGGAUGGCCAUUUAGCUCUGAGUAACUAGGGUCUUUUCAACAUGGCCUUGUCUGAGUUUUAUUCAUGGAUCUUCCCAAGGAAUGUUAUAAGAUUUUUCCUUCCUAAAUGUCAUUGCUGCCAGCUGAUGUAGAGUUCGAUAGAGGUUAAUUGUUUGGAAUCUUUGUUGAAAUUAUUUGAGAGGUUGAAGGUGGAAAUUUUGUCCGCAUCUCUCUCUCUCUCUCUCUCAACCAUGCUGUGAUGUGGGAGAAACAGAAACAGCCUUGUAUUUACUUUUUCUAACAAGUUGUGCUCAAUA